AAAAGCCAGCCUCGUCAUUGAAGCCUCAAAAGUAUAGGCAACCGACACACAGGGUCUCGUGACGUCUGCAACCCUAAUUUCCUCCAUCACACAGGCCAGCUCUCUUUUUCGACAUCUAUCUUCAUCUAUCUGCGAACAGUUGCACCCGGAGAAGGCCCUCUUCGCUCGCGGCGGCUGUGCUUUGGUUCAUAUCUAUCACGUCAUUCGAGCGGCGAGUGUACGACGAUAACCGGUCAAAAUGUCUUCGCGCAACAAGAAGGUCCUUCUCAAGGUCAUCAUCCUUGGAGAUAGCGGUGUGGGCAAGACGAGUUUGAUGAAUCAAUACGUCAAUAAGAAGUUCAGCGCAAGCUACAAGGCGACUAUCGGCGCUGACUUCUUAACGCGAGAGGUCUUGGUGGACGACCGACAAGUCACCAUGCAGCUUUGGGACACGGCCGGACAAGAGCGAUUCCAGUCUCUGGGCGUCGCAUUCUACAGAGGAGCCGACUGCUGCGUUCUGGUGUACGAUGUCAACAACUCCAAGAGUUUCGAGGCGCUGGACAGCUGGCGAGACGAGUUCCUGAUCCAGGCCUCUCCGAGAGACCCCCCCAACUUCCCCUUUGUUGUGCUUGGAAACAAGAUUGAUGUGGAGGAGAGCAAGCGAGUGAUUUCGACCAAGCGAGCCAUGACAUUCUGCCAAUCCAAGGGCGACAUCCCAUACUUUGAGACGAGUGCAAAGGAGGCCAUCAACAUUGACCAGGCAUUUGAGGUUAUUGCUCGAAAUGCUUUGGCUCAAGAAGAGUCCGAGGAAUACAGCGGUGACUUUGACGACCCCAUCAAUAUCCACAUCGACAACGAUCGCGACGGCUGUCCUUGCUAAGCGGUAAAAAGACGAUGGGAUAAUUGGAUGGAUACGAGACUGGUCAGAGAAUGAGCGUGAACAACCAGAGACGGCAUACCCGGUCCUCGAACUGAUGCAUUUUCUUGUCUGGAAGUAGAGUAUGGAGAAACGAGGCCAUGUUGGUGUUUGCGUGGAAAGUAAUUUUUUUCUUCUUCUUUAUUAUUUUUUCUUUUUCUGUCUGGGCUGAUUUUCUUGCUUUUCUUGUUUGAUUGAUGGGAUGGGAGAUGCUUACAAUUGCUGGGGAUGGAGGCUCGAUAGCAACAACCAUAGCCUCGGCUCCGACUAGUGGCCAUGGGAGAGAAGAGAGGGGGAAGAGGAGAGCUUUUGAUACGGUCAUCUCAUACAUCUAUUUGUCAGGAGAUUGCGGGGCUAUAGAUUCUAUGCGUAGCUGGGAGCAAUCCCACGCUAUGGGACUUGAUUAUACGUUUGCCUCUUUUUAAAUCAAUUGAUCCAUCAUGCCU